AUCAUUGUCAAUCAGUUUUAAAAGCAAUUUACUGCAAUUAUUUUUUAAAGUAAUUGAUUUAUCAUAUUCAUUUUGUAAAACAAAAUGGCUACCAGUUGUUGUGGAACAAAGAAACAAAAAUUAAAUAAUUCAAUUGUUUUACCAGAAAUGGGUUUUUAUUGUUUUGAUGUGCUAUUCUGUCAACUUAAUCAACUGGAGCCUCCGAAAUCACCUAAUUUUAGUAAUGAUCCGUUUCCCCUGUUUGUUACAUGGAAAAUUGGAAAAGAUAUGAGGCUUCGAGGGUGUAUUGGAACAUUUAAUGCUAUGCAUUUACACAACGGGUUAAGAGAAUAUGCCACUACUAGUGCUUUUAAAGAUUCACGAUUUAAUCCAAUUACUAAAGAUGAAUUUUCCAGACUGCAUGUUAGUGUUUCUAUUUUACGGCAUUUUGAAGAAGGUGAUAAUUAUUUGGAUUGGACUGUAGGAAUGCACGGAAUUAGAAUAGAAUUUCAUAAUGAAAAGGGUAAUAAAAGAACCGCUACUUAUUUACCCGAUGUUGCAAUUGAACAAGGUUGGGACCAAAUACAAACAAUUGAUUCUUUAUUACGCAAAGGUGGUUAUAAAGGACUAAUAACACCGGAUAUACGACAUAGUAUUAAACUGACACGAUAUCAAAGUGAAGAAAUAACUGUUAGUUAUCAGGAAUAUAUGACUAAUUGGUGUAAUCGACGUUGCUAGCAACUAAAAUAGAAUAAUGUAUUAAAUCCAUAAUUUUGACGAAGUA